AUGCCGACCGGCGUGCUUGUUCAGUUCACGGAUGAGGAGUCGCUGUCCAGCGACUGCCACCCAUCGCCUUCAGAUGUGGAGCACUAUGACUCUGCCAGCUCGGUCAACACCGGGACACAACCCAUGCCUUGCGGAGAGGCGGUCUCGAGCAACGUGAGCACCGCAGCCUUCCAACUCUCCAAGCCAGACGUUGAGAACCGGAUCCAGGAGGCUCCGUGCAGCAGGUGCCUCAGCAUUUGGACCUGGGGUACCUGUGGCCUACCUCUUGGGGGCUUCUUCCUUGCCUUCCUAAACUCGGCUUCUUCCAGCAUUGUCUACGGCUUCUUCCUUGGAUACAUGGGGUUGGAUGCGUAUGUUUUGCUGUCCAUCCAAGCGCUUAUGAAGCUUCCACAAGUGUUGCUUCUUCCUUUUGGCAUGAUGAACGACUGCCUGCCGAUUUUCGGCUACAACAGAAAGCCGUAUUUCGUGGCAUCCUGGAUCAUCAGUGGCAGUGCGCUGUUGAUCAUGAGCCUGCGGCCCCUGCCUGCGCCCUACUACUGCCAAAAGGACGAUGGCAGCUACGACGUGAUGUCACCACCAUGCAACCCCAGCAUCCAUGACGAGAAGAACUGGUAUGUCUUCCCACUCUUCAUCCUUACUGCAGGUGUUCAGUUGGGAGUUGUGGCUGGUGAGGGCCUCCUCCUGGAGUACUCGCAACGGGAGCCUCUGGAGUGCCGUGGGAAGAUGAAGGCCGAGUUCACAAUGGUGACUAUGGCAGGCUCCCUUGUUUCCUCAGCAGCUGUUGGGGUCUUCAUGAAUGGAAAGGAAUAUCUCGGUACCUUUGACUGGGGCCUGUCCUUCAGUGGCUUCAUGACAAUGUGCCUGCUCAUGGUCACCUUCCUGCUCUUGGACGCUGGUCAGCAGCCAUCAGCUUAA